AUGAUUGCACAUGAAUUACAACUUGUGGUAUUUUUUCUAGUCACCAUUGUCACUUUAAUUUUAACUUUCGAAGAAGAUGGAUGUCGUCUGAAAUGGAAUGCAACUUAUCACAUGAGUGGACGUACAGCAUUAUUAAAGCUCAAUGAAACUUGGAUGGAUACUUUGGGUUAUUGCAUUGUCAGCUCUUCAAAUCAUCAGAAUUAUAUCUUUCGGCUUGAAUUGAGCAAUAGUAUUUGCUAUCGUUGUGUUGCAAUCUUCAAUGUCCAUCCUAACAUUUUACAGUAUAAGCAAAGUGGAUGUAUUAAACAGUAUGAAAGUAACAAUAAUGAUAUCGAUAAUAUCUGCAGAUUUGCAUUCCGUGGUGAUACACCGAUGAAAACACUUUUUCGAAGUGACGCAAAAUCAGAACAAUGUCCAUUUGAGCGAUCCUUCAAUUUCACCUACAUAAUCCAAGAUGGUUCAUGUACAUCGAGAGUGUCAUCUGCAACCGUUUGUUCUGAAUAUGGAAAAUACCGAUUUCACUAUGAAGCUUGUCCGGAAUUACCAAAUUACGAAAGCCAUGGCAAGUUACAAUAUAAAAAAAGAACCGUUAACCAACAAUUUUCAAAAGACGAGUUGGAAUGCAUAGCACACUGGAAUUCGUUUGGGGCAGAAUUCUUCGCUGUGCGCAUAACUAAUUCUUCAAUCACAGGACCAAAUACAAUCUUCCGAUGUCUUAUACACCAGAAAACAGCGUUUGGAGGUCGCAUAGGUGUAUCAGCUGAUUCUAGCUGCAAUGAACUAACGGAUCUUAUAUAUGCUGGAACGAUAAUUGAAUACACGCAAGGCUCACCUUUCAAGUCACCUUGUCACUUUCCAUCAUUUUUGCGGCAUAGCCAUAAGUCAUCCAGCAAGCAUACAUGGAUAUCGAUGACAACCGGUUCAAUUAAUGAUUUCUAUUCCGAUAAAUGGGUCGAAACAAUGAAUGGGAUGAAUCAUACGGCAUCACAAUGUAUACAAAUGGAAGAUAUUGGAAAUGUUCAUAAGAUGGUGAUUUAUAAGACUACACAGCAAUGUGUCAACGGAUACCAAUGCAUCAAAGUACACAUACCAACUGUCACAAAUGUUCACUUCCCAGGAAUAAUUUUACAAGGAUGGGAAGGAGUCUUUUCACAGCGACCACAGCGAUGUGCCACCGUCAUUGUCACUCGACGAUUCCGGGAAAUGAAAUUUAGACAUAAGAAUGUCAUCGAAAUUACAUAUGAUGAGAUGAUGAAUGAGAUGCCUAUAUCAUGUAACUUCAUCAAUGAUCAUUCUGUUGAUACAAUGGCUCUUGUAGAUGCUCAGGUUGUCCGUUGUCCAUUUAGUCGCCAAUAUUUCAUCGAAUCAUGCACGGAUUCUGUUGCACAAUUUGGUUGCACUUAUGAUCACGAAUUAAUUAUGCGUCACAAUUGUAGUAAUCCCUCAUCUGAGAAAUUCUUUUGUAUCGGUUACUGGCGAGAAAACGAGAUGCAAUACAUCGUAAGCAGAAGAUCGAUCUCCUCAGAGCUUAUAUGCCAUAUCUACUUAACCCACGCAGAUGGUAUAAUUCAUAUUCGCUCUUAUCGUCGCUCAUCUUGUCAUUCUGGAAUUGCAGAACAGUCUCAACCCUAUCACAAUUUCACACUUGCAAAAUAUGAUAACUGUUACCCUGUAAACGGAGUUAGCGCGAGGAUUGAAAUUGAUUCAUUAUCAGCGGUUGUAUUUAUUCUGUUGUCAUUUGCAAUGAUUUACGUAUUGUGAUUGUUUCGGGAAGCUGGUGAUAUCUGGAUCAACAACAAUAAUCGAACACGG